UCUACCAGUGAUGAUCAUUUGAAUUGGUUGAUAGAGACUAGGAUGAUCAAGAACUGUGACAUUUUCAAAGGAGAAUGGGUUCCACAACAAGAAGGAAGACCUUUAUACACAAACAAGACAUGCCAAGAAAUCCAUGAUCAUCAAAAUUGUUUCAAGAAUGGGAGGCCUGACACUGACUUCUUGAAAUGGAGAUGGAAACCAUAUGGGUGUGAGUUACCUCUAUUUAACCCACUUCAUUUCUUGAAUAUUGUUAGAGGGAAGUCCAUGGCCUUUGUUGGAGAUUCUGUGGCAAGAAACCAAAUGCAGUCACUCAUGUGCCUCUUAUCUAAUGUGCCAGUAGAUGUUUCUUACCUGCCGGAUGGAAAAACCAAACAGUGGCAGUUCACCCACUACAACUUCACCAUUAUAUUCUUCUGGUCACCACUCCUAGUUAAAACCACAGAAAGCAUACCCAAAGGUCCACUACGCUGGCCUAUCGUGAACCUUUUUGUGGAUGAGUUUGAUGAGACUUGGACAAACGAGAUCCACAAGUUUGAUUAUGUGAUUGUUUCAGCUGCACAGUGGUUCUGGAGGCCAUCUAUGUUUUAUGAAAAUGGUAAGAUGGUUGGGUGCUUUGACUGUAAAGACAAAAAAGUUAAAGAUCUUACCCUGUUCUAUGGCUACAACAGGGCCUUUCGGACUGCCUUAAGAGCCAUGUAUGGUGACCAGAACUUCAAAGGAAUCACAUUUCUGAGGACUUAUUCUCCUGGCCACUUUGAUAAUGGUGCAUGGAAUGAAGGUGGUACCUGUACAAAGACAAAACCUUUCAUGAGCAAUGAGAAGAAAUUAGAGGGAUUUGAACAAAAGUUCUAUUUGGCCCAAUUGGAGGAAUUUAGAAUUGCAGAGAGUGAAGGGAAGAAGAGAGGUUUGAAGUUUAGAUUAUUAGAUACUACUCAAGCUAUGUUGCUGAGGCCAGAUGGGCAUCCUGGGCUUUAUGGCCACCCUCCAGAAGAGAACAGAAAUGUCUCUGAUUGUGUCCACUGGUGCUUGCCAGGCCCCACUGAUACAUGGAAUGAAUUUUUGUUACAUAUAUUGAAGAUGGAUAGUAAGAGGUCUUCUGAGGGAAACCAUUAGAUAAGUGAUAGAUGAGAAAAGGGUAAGGUUUUGAAAAUUUAGUGUAGAAUUACAUUUAUAUGUCUCUUGGUAGAUCUGAUCAGACCAGCUUUCUCAAAUAAUGCAAGAGCAGCUGGUCAGGGGUGAAUUAUGUGAGAUUUUUUUGUGUAAAUAAAAUGAAAGAACUGGUAGAUG